AUGGACGCGACGCCGUUCGCGCAGGCGGUGACGCCGAGCUUCCGCCGGACCGCAGCCAAAUCGGCAGACGCCAACGAUUUCAUCCUCGUGCCCGAUAUGCUCGCGAGUCGCCAUCGCGAUAUCGCCCACAACACCGAGCCCCUUCCGCGCAACGGCAAGCGUUUGGCGCUUCGGUUCGCGGACGACGGGAGCAUGAGCUACGAAGAGAUUUCGCGCGCCGACGUUCUCAAGAUGGUCCAAGCGAACGCGAAUGACAUGUCGUUCCAACGCCACCAAGUCCAAUUGCCAAUCCCAGGCAACGACCCUCGCCGUCGAAGCAAGUCCUUGGGUCUGCCUGUCUUUGGCACCAGUGACGUGGCGAGCAUUCACGUCCGAGACAUGCGCAAGCUCGAUAGCACCUUCUCGAUCUCGAACGAGCCGUCUUUCGUUGUUCGCAAGCAGGCCAUCUUGAUCAACACGGACCCGCUGCGAAGCGUCGUGCUCCGCAACUGCUGCUACGUAUUUCUGCCUGACGGGGCGGACGGGCUCAUCUCGACGCUCAAGCAACACUUUAAGGAGCCCAUCUUUGGUGACGACCCCAAGUCGAUGCCGUUUGAGUUUCGCGCUCUAGAAGCCAUUUUGGCCACGAUGGUUCGGAUGCUUGCCGUGGACUGCGACCGCGUCAUUCCGAUCGCGCAAACGGCCAUGGACAAAAUCUCCCAGUCGCAAGUGCGAACCAAGGAGCUCGAGCGCCUCCGGACGCUCAAAAACGUUCUCAACGAGCUGAAAUCUCAGAGUUGGAGCGCAGGUCAAUGGGUUGCAUCGGAUUUGAUCGAGACGCUUGAAGACGAGUACACGCUGCAUUACCUCUACUUGACCAAAAUGAUGGACACGCCGUGCUACCUGCCAGAUGGCAGUUGGAGCUACGACUCGGAGUGCGCAGAGGCCCUCUUGGAGACCUACUUGCAGGAGAUGUACAACCAGCGAGCGCGCAUCGAGCUCACGAUGAACAACAUCGAGAACACCGAGAGCAUCGUCAUGAUGCAGCUUGACGCAACGCGAAACUCGCUCCUCUCGGUCGACUUGUCGUUGACGUCGUUCACGACAUUUAUCAACGUGUCGACCUUUGUCACGGGUGCCUUUGGCAUGAACCUCAACUCGAGCCUCCAAGAUGUCGACGGGCUCUUCUUCAUCCUGUUGGGUGUCCUCGCCGUCUUUCCCGUCGUCGCGUACAUCAGCUUCAAGCUCUACUUUGUGAAGCGCGGCAUUGUCCUCUUGGGCUAA